AUGCCCGCUCCUCUGGCCGUGUCACUGCCAACAUGGGCCGCCAACGUAGGCUACGAAGAAGGCCAGAAAUGGGUCAUGGACAAGAUGAAGUGCGGCUAUCCUCGUUUUUUCAUCCACAAGAGCAUCGACCGUCUUGCCACCGAAAUCGUCAAGCGUCACGGCAAUCCCUCCCAAAAGUGCAUGCUCUUCCCCACCCACAAGGUCGCCAAUCGUCUGCUCGAGUUUAUGCACCGCAUCGCUCCCGAAUCUCAAGGCACCGCUCGCAUCAUCGACUUUGUGCCGAACCCCAAGACCGAAUGUCACGACGAGUCACAGCACGUCCUGCCUCGUCUAUCCGCCGUCUUAUACCCCGCCGAACUCUGGCCUGUUGCGAAGCAAGUAUGGCAACAUAGUGGAGAUGGUGUGUCCAGCAGGAGAGCCGAGUUUGUCGAAAAGCAUCUCCUCGACGGUACCAUGGUCGAUAAGGCCUCCAUAUACGACAAGCCGCGUAAGGGCCCUCGCCGAUACCAGCGCCAAAUGUCAAUUGACACACCCCAUCAAUCUCCAACCUCGGAAACCGACGACAAGGACGGCACCGACCCAUCUGCUUUUGUCGAAGAGAGAUUUGGUCGCAACUUGAACGUCCAAUUCGCCGAGCAAGCAAAGCUCGCCAUCCGCCGCCGAAUCGCUGGUUCUCUGACUUCAGACGCCGAUCUGAAGGAUGCUCUGAAGCACCCCGAAGAUGUCGAACGUACUCGAAGUGCGGAAGGCUUCUCUGUUGACGAUGUCUUCCUCUACCCCACCGGCAUGAGUUCUAUCUUCAACACACACCGCAGCAUGAUGGCAAUUCGUCCCAAGAACAAGAGCAUCAGUUUUGGCUUCCCAUACGUUGACACCCUGAAGAUUCUAGAGAAGUGGGGUCCCGGUGCUCUCUUCUACGGAAACGGUGAACAAGAAGAUCUGGACGAUCUGGAAAAGCGUCUCGAAUCCGGAGAGCGCUUCCUUGGCUUCUUCUGCGAAUUUCCCAGCAAUCCUCUGCUAAAGUGUCCCGAUCUAAAACGUAUCCGUCAGUUGGCCGACAAGUACGACUUUGCCGUUAUCAUCGACGAGACAAUCGGAAACUUCCUGAACGUCCACGUGCUGCCAUACGCCGAUGUGGUGGUGAGCAGUUUGACCAAGGUUUUCUCCGGCGACAGCAACGUCAUGGGAGGAUCGGCCAUCUUGAAUCCCGCAGGGCGUUACUACAACACUCUCAAGAAGUACAUGGCUCAAGACUAUGAAGACAACUUUUUCGAGGAGGACGCCAUGUUUUUGGAGCGCAACAGCAGAGACUUUGUGUCUCGUAUUGCUCGUAUCAACGCUAACGCCGAAACCAUCUGCGACAUCUUGAUUCAGCACCCUCGUAUCAAGCAAGUCAACUACCCGAAGCACUCGCCAUCCAGAAAGUACUACGAUGCUUGCAGGUUGCCGAACGGUGGUUACGGAGGUUUGCUGUCCGCAACCUUCUACUCCAUGGAUGAUGCCAUGGUGUUCUACGACAACCUCAACACUGCAAAGGGUCCUUCAUUGGGAACCAACUUCACACUGAGCUCUCCCUACGCGCUACUGGCACAUUAUACAGAGCUUGACUGGGCCGCAACUUUUGGUGUCGAAGCAAACCUGGUGCGCUUCAGCGUCGGUCUUGAGGAGACUGAGGCCCUGAAGAAGGUCUUCAAGACCGCACUCGACGCUAUGCUACAGAACGAGACGAACGGUAACGGAGUCACGGCAUAG